CAAUGUCCUAUGCUAUGAGGAGUCUGGUGGAGGAUGAUAACAGAUACCUCAAGUCCUUCCGGUUGUUCCUGGAAUGCUCCUCUGAACAUCAGUGCAUGCAGGACUUCAUCCACGUCAUCCUGCCUGACAUAUUAGCCAGCAUUGGAGAGGGAAAAGCCAAUCUUAAUGUGAUGGGAGUCGGAAGUGGAGCAGGUGAGGUUGACCUGGAGAUGUUCUCAGAGCUGCGCCUGAAGCAUCUUGCCGUAACCGUGGACAAUCAGGUGGUGGAGCCCAGCGCGCAGCAGUUACACCUUUAUAAGGUUUUGGUGUCCCAGAAACCAAAUCUAGAUUACAUUAAAUUCACCUGGAAUAAGAUGACUGCCACUGAGUUUGAGAAGGACUGGCGAGAGAAGAACUAUACCAAGAAGAUGGACUUCAUACACAUGAUACAGAUGUUGUAUUAUGUGAAGGAUCCUUGUGCUACAGUGUCAUUCUACCAGAGUCUCCUGGACAAGAAAGGAAAACUACUCAUCAUUCUGGUGUCUGAUGAGAGUGGCUGGGGGAAGCAUUGGAAGACCUUCAAGACCCAGCUGUGUAACACAGAGAGCAGUCACUCUGUCACUACAGGUGAUAUUAAAACCUACCUGGACUCUAAGACAGUGAGUUACCAGAGCUACGAGCUACCUUCUCAGAUUGAUAUCACAGAGUGUUUCACUGAGGGGGACCAGAGAGGAGAGCUACUGCUAGACUUCCUGACUGAGGUGUUUAACUUCAGCGGCACGGCUCCUGCAGGGCUGAAGGCUAGAGCUCUGGAGCUGCUGAGACACCCAGACUGUAGUAAAGAGGUAGAGGGAAGGGUUAUCUUCAAUAACACCCUGGGCGUGCUGGUCGUUGACCCUCUACAGUAACUAGUUGUUAACCAUUUACAAUAACUUUAAAUACUGUAGCAACAAUGAUUAAUUGAGCGACAUCAGAACCUGACAUAACAGUUGCUUUUUGAUUGACAUCUUGUUUCAAUUAUAUGUGAAUGUAUCCUGUAUACACUCCAGAGUGUAUACAGUUUUGUCAUUACCUCUAUCAGUUAUGAUAAGAUAUGAUCCACCAGUCUACUGAAUGACUGCAGAUAUCAGCAUGUGUCUCAUGUACUCUUAACAAUAGGCUAAUCAGUCUGUGGAAGUAGUUCAUCAAUAUUUAACUGGCAGUAAUAAUUUAGCCAGUGUGGAUUUUGAUUCUGUCACAGUGAUAUCAAGAGAAGUGGAAGCAAACGAUGACCA